GCCACCAGCUUUGUUGGGUUGCUACAUGCUAACUGCUAACUAGCAAGUAUUUCCUGCCUGUGACUGGACACAGCUAUGGACAUCGACGCGUUGUUGGAGGCGUUUCAAGAUUUUGAGAAGAAAGGCAAGAAAGAGACCAGUCCUGAACUAGAGCAAUUCUUGUGUCAUGUUGCCAAGACGGGACAGCCAAUGAUCUCAUGGUCACAGUUCAAAACAUACUUCGUGUUCAAGUUGGAAAAAGUCAUGGAUGAUUUCCACGCUUCGUCGCCGGAGCAGAGAGCACCACAUAAUCCCAAUGUAGAUUAUGUUCCCUUUGAAGAGAUGAAGACAAGGAUCCUAAAAAUAGUGGAAGGUUACAAUGGAAUCCCGUUCACCAUUCAGCGUCUGUGUGAACUCCUCACAGACCCCAAGCGCAACUAUUCAGGAACAGACAAGUUUCUCAUGGGUUUAGAGAAGAAUGUAAUGGUGGUCAGCUGUAUAUACCCCACAUCAGAGAAAAAUGGGGCAUCCAGUGUAAACAGAAUGAAUGGAGUGAUGUAUCCUGGUAACUCUUCUCUAUAUUCAGACAGUAGAAAUGUAAACGGACCAGACACACCAAAACCGCUCACCAGACCAAAGCUGUCAUUGUCGGCUUCGCUUUCCACCAACGGGCUCCCCGAAUGCACAGUCAGUAAAGAGCCAGAGCCAACCACAGAGGAGGUGGAGGAGCACCACAUCGGCGCUUCCUCGCCAUCAGAGGGUGAAGUUACACCAAACAGCGGGAUAAAGAACAAACACCCCGAGGAGGAAGAAGAGGAGAGCUCUGAUGCUGACCAGCAUGAGGUCAAGAGGCUCAAGUUCGACGAAAAGGAUGAGGACGAGACAGAAAGUGAAGAAAAGGAGUCAUCUUGUUGUAAAGGGUCAGAGAGCUCGCCAGAGACACCAGAGUCUUCAAAAGAAUCCUGUGGUCAAGAGUACAAAAGUGGAACAUCUUGUGACACACCUACUAUUUCAGAGGAUCAUGAGCCCAGCAGCACUCAGACAGAACCAUCUGAAAGGGAAGAAGACUCAUCUGAGAGGGAGGAUGUCCCGAGUCUGGAGAAGGACGCCGCUGUGGAUCAACCUGAGCAGCCUGCACCAUCAGAGAAGAGUACAAGCUUUGAGCAGGAAAAUGGGGAGAGCAACAGCAGCAGCAGCAGCAGCAGCAGCAGCGAUGGAGAAGGCCCACCCAGCGAGAAGCAGGUCCCCUCUUCUAGUAGUUCACCUGACUUGUCAACAGAGGGCAACACUGACAACUCAGACAGCACUAAGACUGAAACAGAACCAGGGAAACAUGAGUAACUUGAAGCCCAGCCUGCCAACUGACGUUUUUUUACACUGUAUGAUACCACACCAAGGGUAUAUCUGUAGCACUGUGGACCUCUGGACUUCAGGACCAGGAGUGAUGUGAACCUCAAGAAUCCUCACUGGAGGAUCUUUUUGUCCUCUUCAGUUUCAAGUACUCAAGUCCACACAUCAGCCGGUCUUUAAACUGGAAGGAAAUGAUUUAAAGAUUAUGGAGACUCUGCUUUUUCACUGUUGACUAAAACUUUUUCUAAUCUUUUUUCCCUGAUUUUUAUAUCUGAGUGUUAUCAUUUAACCUUGAUAACUGAUGUAUUCAGUAAUUUCAUUAUCCUUAUGUCAUUUGGCAUGUAUUUCCAAAAGAUAAUUUCACAGACAUUUCACAGUUUGAGUUGUGUUUUGGCCUAGUUUUCUGAUGAAUGUGCAUCUCUCCACUUGGACACACGCCAUUAAGAAUGUGAAGCAGCACUUCACAGAUGUCUGUUUGUGUUUUCAAUUAAGCACAUAGCACAAAAUGUAUUUCUUAUUAACAUGAUAUUGCACUUGUUUGCAUUUACCCCUUGAAGGAUGUGGAAAAUGUCAGUUUUGCUUUGUCACUGUAUGAAGCCAAUAUAAACACACAGUAUUGCCCGGAGCUUGUUUAGAAUUUGGUUUGAAGCCAUUUCUGCAUCAAAAUCUGUCAACAGAACACAAGGUACUUUUACACUUUAUGUAUGUCAUACCUGAGUUGUAAAAAAUGUCCCUUUUGAUAGCUUGGAUUUUUACAGUACGUAUCUGUAAAUCAGUUUUUGUAGACUUGUAAUACUCGUCCACUGCCUUCGUAAAACUGAUAAUCGCUGGAAGUUGAAUGCUUGAGCUUGUAUCAUAGUAUUCAUGGAAAGCAAUAAAUGCUAAAACUCAAA